GCAGCACUUCGGCUUUUUAUAUUAUUCAGGAAGAUGAAUUUCCUGUCUUUGGAGGCAUAGUUUCUUUGGAAUAUAGGAAACUUGAGUGUGUUCUGAAUAUGGGAUUCAGUCUUCAACUGUCCAUGUUUGUCGUGUGAUUGUAUUGGAAUAGAACUCCUCCGUCAUUUGCGCUGUGUGCACCUCAAGAUCACCAUGUUUAUCCUUACAACUAUUUCCGAUCUGAUUCAGAUCUCACCCGAAGACUUUUCCAAAUUCAGUGCCGUGGCCAUUGAGGACAAUAUCAACGAGAAAUAUGCUAAUAAAGUUGUUCAGAAAAUUGGCCUCUGUAUCGGCUUUUAUGACUUGCUCGAAUCAUCCGAUGGUCUGAUCGGCCAUGGGACUGGUCUUGUUAAUGUCAACGUCAAGUUCCGCCUUAUUGUUUUCCGGCCAUUCAAAGGCGAAAUCAUGCUUGGGAAGAUUGCCAGCGGCACUGAGCAUGGAAUUAGAAUUGGAGUGGAAUUCUACACUGAUAUCCUGGUGCCCCCAGACCUUCUUCUAGAUGGAGCUCGAUUUGACUACGCCGACCAAGUUUGGGUCUGGGAUAACGAAGACGGCUCGACAUUCUAUUUCGAUGUAGGAGAAAUUGUUCGAUUCCGAGUCGAGAUGGAGGAAUGGCACGACCAGAUCCCUAACGCACCGGAUCUUGGGGAUGGCGCAGCAAUUGAGCGGAAGCCUGCAUAUUCGAUCAUUGGUUCGAUGCAAAUGGCUGGUCUUGGACCUGUGUCAUGGUGGUGAUGGAUUCCUGGUUUGUUGGGUAUGGAUGG